UUCCAACCAUUCUCAGCCCUCGGACCAUCCAAACUCCAAUUACACCAACAAAAACAGACCUCAACGCUGCAUACCCGAACUCUGUUCCUCUUCGAGCUACAGUACAUUCAAGACCCCUUGCACCCCCUCAAAAAACCAAAACCCUCUUCACCCGUUUCAUCAUGCAGUUUUCAACCAUCAUCGCAACCGCAGCGGCCCUGUUCCUCGGAGCCGAGGCCGGUGCCGUGCCCCGUCAAGAUCCCCACAUCACCGACUUCCGGAUCUGGAGCGAACAGGGAUGCGGAGCUGCCGGUAACCUCGGCGUCUGGACCAUCACAAAGUCGCAAACCGAUGUGUGCCAGACAACGUUCAACGCACCGGACAAUGUCGUUAAGGCCAUUCGCCUUAGCAGCCUUACAGAGGGCUGUGAGAUGAUUGCCUACCCUACAGCCGAUUGUGGAGAGGGAGGUCGCCAAGUCGGCGUCCAGACUUGCGAGGAGUGGAGCGAUAUCGCCGACAACUUCUUGAGCUUCAAGGUCACCUGCUCUUAGCCUUUCUUACCACUUAUUGGGACUCUCGCAUUUUCUGGAGUUUUUGAUUUCUUCGACCAUUUGGGACCGGAGAAAAUGGUGCAUAAAUGCAUGGGUUGGAGUUGAAUGCAGACACAGCAUAUGGAACACUCCUUUAGAACCCCGACUGACAAGGACGUACGCCAAUGACUGAGCUUGGCAUAAUAAUGGUAAUCCACUCCUUAGAUACUAUUUUCUAAUAAAUUGGACACGAU